CACGAUGGAUGUCUCAGACAUCCUCGCCUCUCAGGCAGAAAAACACAAGGCCGUGGCUGUCGAAAAAGACAUCCCCCUCGAAGUCGACGUCGGCUUCUUAACAGUCACGGAUCUCAACCCAAUAGAUGCGGAGAGCUACAACGAGAACCUCGAGGACUUCCUCCAAUCCACCGCGCGCGACGGCAUCCAAGUCCUCCUCGGCGCCCUCUUCUCCCUGCCCACCCAAUCCUCCACCGAUGGCCCCCUCGCAAAGCUCCCCACCCCGACAACGCAGCUCCCGCGCGCGAAGCCGCUCCCCAAACCAAAACCCAUGACCAAGUGGGAGCGCUUCGCGCAGGCGAAGGGCAUCUCCAAGACGAAGCGCGACAAGAAGGUCUGGGACGAGGAGAAGCAGGACUGGGUCAACCGCUGGGGGUGGAACGGGAAGAACCGCGAGGCGGAGACGCAGUGGCUCUCGGAGGUCCCAGCCAACGCCGAGGCCGACCACGACCCAUCAAAAGAGGCCCGCGACGAGCGCAAGGCGCGGGUGGCCAAGAACGAGCGCCAGCGGCUGCAGAACAUUGCCCGUGCGCAGGGCGGAUCCGGGGAGCGCGACCAGCGAAAACAGGAUAUCGAGCGAACGCUCGCGACGACGCGCACCAGCACAGCGAGCAUGGGCAAGUUCGACAAGAAGCUCGAGGGCGAGAAGAAGCUGCGGGGUGUCAAGCGCAAGUUCGACCCCGCAGAAAAAUCCGUGGAAAGUGAGAAAGACGCCAACCUGGCACUCCUCUCCAAGCUCGGAACCGAGCCUAAAAAAGCGAGGCCGGAGGACGGAGACGACGUGCUCAACGUGCGGAAGGCCGUGCGGUUUGCCUCGAAGGGCCAAGGCAGCGUCUCACUGGCGAGGAAGCAGGGCGGGGGAGACGGGAAGAAGAGGGGGAAGGGCAGGCGGUAGAUCGUCCUACCAUUUCAUGAUGAGCCUCUCCCUUUUUUUUUCUUGCUUAUCUGCGUGUAUGAUCGUUUCUAUUGACUUUCGUCAGUGUACCCGAUGGUGGUGUGCAGUGUUGUUGUCAUUGAUAGCCUUAUGCGGCUGUGCGUAAUACAGUAUUUCCGAGCAUGGUCAUGCAUCC